ACCAGAUUUCUUAGUGGAAUGUUCUUUUUUUUGCUCAAAUUACACCAGAUCUUUUUGUGGAUUCUGUCUCCACAAUUCCACACACACAUAUAUAUGUAUAGUAUAAACUUCAUUAAAACAAAAUACCUCAUUGAACUUGCUGCAGCCUAAAUUGAAAUCAUAUACAGAGAGAGGGCUAAAGAGAGAUGGAGAAAGAAGAAAAGAAAGGUUGCAAAUUGUUGCCUGUGCCAUGUCCAUUUCAGGGUCACAUAAACCCAAUGCUUCAGCUAGGUUCAGUUCUUCACUCAAAAGGAUUCUCCAUCACCAUAAUUCAUGCUCGAUUCAACUCUCCCAACCCAUCAGUCCACCCUGCCUUCAACUUCAUCUCCAAACCAGAUAUCUUUCUUGAGCAACAGAUUUCUCCAGGAAAUAUGGUAGAUCUUGUUCUGCUUCUUAAUGCCAAAUGUCAAGAACCCUUCAAAAAACUCUUGGCCCAGACGAUAAAUCACCAGGACUGUUCUCAUCCUCAAAUCGCCUGCAUCAUCUAUGACGAGGCCAUGUAUUUCACUCCAAUAGUUGCCAGUCAUUUCAAGCCUCCAAACUCUGUAUUGCAUGAUCUAGUGCCUGAACACUAUCCUCUGAGGUUCAAAGAUCUACCCUUUAUGAAACCUGGAUCAGAAGAACAAACCUCGCAACUGAUGCCUAACUUGUCCAAUACAGAAAGAAGCUCAGCAACAGUAUUUAACACGAUGGAUUGUCUUGAACAAUCGUCAUUAGCAAUUAUUCAGCACCAAAAACAGCACACAAUCUUCCCAAUUGACCCUAUGCAUAAGCUUGCUCCAGAAUCCACCAGUAGCUUAUUAGAAGAGGACACCAGUUGCAUAGCAUGGCUCGACAAGCGAGCUCAAAAUUCUGUCAUGUACAUAAGCUUGGGAAGCAUAGCAUCCAUGGAUGCUAAGGAGGUAGAAGAGAUGGCUUGGGGACUGGCCAAUAGCAAGCAGCCUUUCUUGUGGGUAAUACGAUCCAGCCAGAAAAUUGCCUCCGAAUGGAUGGAGCCAUUCACAAAGAAUUUCAAAUUUUCAGUUAGAGAAAGAGGCUGCAUUGUGAGAUGGGCACCCCAGAAACAAGUGCUGGCACAUGAUGUAGUAGGAGGGUUCUGGACCCAUUGCGGAUGGAAUUCCACACUUGAAAGUAUAUGUGAAGGGGUUCCAAUGAUAUGCAGACCAUGUUUUGGGGAUCAAAAUGUGACUGCAAGGUAUGUUAGCCAAGUAUGGAAAGUAGGUUGGCAGUAUGAAAAUGAGUUGGAGCGAGGUGAAAUAGAGAAAAUUGUUCUGAGACUAAUGGUUGAAGAAGAAGGGAAGGAGAUGAGAAAGAGGUCAAGGGAUUUAAAACAUAUGGCUGAAGCUAGCAUUAAUAGUGAUGGUCCUUCAAGCAAUUCCUUGAAUGAGUUGGUAGAGUUUAUUAUGUCCUCUUAGGGUUGUCUCAUUCUCAAAGAAUGCAAAAAAAUGUUCUUCUUACAAAGUGGUUGUCACAAACUAAGUUUUUCAAAUGCGUGAAAAGUGAAUGUUUAACCUGACUCCAAAAAAAUCAUAGGAAGGCUCUAAUUGUGAAUCAACUAGCUAGACUUGUAAUAACCUGAUUCCAAAAACCUGCCAGAAAAUAUUAGACGCUGUAAUGCAGACCAAAUCUUCGUCCUCAAGCAGUCUGCAGCAGCCAUUUUUUCAUAAACGUCGGUGCUGCUAGUUUUCCUUUCUAAGUUAAGGGCCAUAACUCUUUCAGACUUUGGGAUUUGAAACCCAUGUCAUAACCUCAUUCACCGAAAACUGUGAGCAGAUAAAAAUACCAAGAAGCCAAAUCCUUGGUAGUAGGGAUUGGUAUAUGAUUGAAUUGAAGGUGUCCAAGGAGAUUGACUCCAGAACAAGCAGUUAUCAUGUGUUGAAGGGGUAGAAAAUAAAUUUGAACAAUCUGAUCCAUUAUUUCUGCUCAUAUUCAUUACAAUUUCCUUGUCCCACCAGUUAGCCUGAACAUACUUCAUAUCCUCAAUGACUAACCUAACUCUAGUGUCUUUAAUCAGGAGCUUUUAGCCUUCAAGAAGAGUUGGCCCAGAUGAUGCCACCAAGGUAUUAUCCUGAUGUUGAAUUCUUUAGUAUCAUCUAUAUAAUUCAAUCAGCAUGUUUUAAGCUUUUCUGGGUCAUCUACAAAUUCAAUUUGUAUGAUUCUGUUCUCUCCUCAGCCAUCUACAUAUAUCAGGCAGAACUAGCUUGUAAGAGUACUUGAUGCUUUUGGUUAAAUAGAAUAGCAGAGCAAACCAAAACAAACAUGUCAAUACCGGGUCUCCGUAGACACGACAGCAGGUCUACCCUCCGCAGGC